AUGCAUCUUAGGAGCAUUAUCAAACCGCCGGCUCGCUAUGAAGACCUUGAGGCUCCAGCGACUCAAUCACCAAAUGCCACGAAACCAGUGUAUCCUGCUAAACUUAGAGCGCGGAUUGUCCCAUUCAACCCAAAUCACCCGCCCGCGGCCUUCCCAUCUCUCCCAUUAACGGCACACCAACCGCACGGAUCUACCAUUAACACUCCUCCAGCCAAUCUGUCCGAGGUGCCUACAAAUACGACUUCACCCUCUGAGACAUCUCUUGGCAGGAAUCUCGUCCAUGCCACCGAUCCCGUCAAGGGCCCCUAUACAGCACAACCCCAUCCCAGCUCUUGUGAACAGCUCAGUGCCACUGGCAGUGAUUCUGAAAUGGACGAUGAUGAUACAGACACGGAUGAUGAUGACAUUCCUACUUGGAAUUCACUUCCCUUGUCUCUGCAAUAUCACAUCUACACACGCCUUUCUAGCCUUUACUCCCCGCAAGAUUUGGCGGAAGUUCUAGGGUUGAAAGACGAUGAAGCGACAGAAAUCGCGGCCGCGGUGCACCUCCGCCAUGUACAUCCCGCAUCACUGGCAGAGAUAUGGAACUAUUGCUCCCGCAAUGGCGCCCAAGUCCCUGGACUUGAUCAGUCAGUAUCUUGGAUAGAUCCCGCUUUACUUAGCACCUUCAUGGAUUACAUGUUGUUCGCCAGCAAAUAUGAACUCGCCUAUGGAUCCGAAGUUCGAUUGGCUGCAGACUUUCUGUCCCUUUGCUCACUUCCGGUCGAACUGCUUGGUACAUGGCUACCAGACCCUCACGAACCCCGUGGCAGUGCGUUCUUGACCCAUGCCUCUGGAAUGCUAAGACAUGAUGGUGAUUCGACUCGACUCGACUCUGGCUACUCCUCCUUUACAGAAAUUGACCAUACUGACAGAGAAGGAGAACGCGAUCAAACCAUCAAAAGUGCAGAGUCAAGGGCAGAGGAGAGCCUGGAAGAUGGUCCGGUGACACGAAAGAAGCAGCCCGUUCAGCAGUCUACACCAGCUCGUGUCAUGAAGAAUCGCGAGGCCAAGAAGAAUAAUCCGAAGUAUACGGUUCCUAAGUCACAAAAGAAACAGGGCCGCCAUCCUCUUGCUAUUGUGACGAUGCCUGAUGCAUCGGCAAGCCCGCCACGAAGCAGCUUCGAGAAGACACAGCCCACAGAUACUCGACGCGCCGGUUCCAGAGAACUUCGAGCUCGUAUCAACCUCAAUGCCACCGCAGCAACGCCUGCUUCGGAGACGAGUGAAAAGCAGGAAUAUUCGGCGAGGGCGCGUCCGGGACACUUGGUUCUCAAAUUCAAGAACAAGGUCGGUCUUGCUGCAAUGCGCAAACAGAGCGACAAAGAGAGCGACGAUGUCUCGAGCGAGAAGGGCUCUACCUCCUCUAUACAGUCCAACAAGACAACUUCCGUUCCCAGCAAACUCUCGGGACAUGCUCCUCCUGGGAAGCUCAGGAUUGACACGAGAAUGUCUUCUUUCAGCAGGAGACUGCUAAUGAAUGCCGGAUCGCCGAGAUCACCUUCUUAUUCUCCCAUGUCAUUGUGCUCGCCGAGAUCCCCUUCUUAUUCUCCAAUCUCCGAGAAUGAAGACUUGCAAGAGUUCCAGGCCCUUCUUCGAGGCUCAAGUGCACAGAACCUACGGACUGGCGCGCCUGGUCGGAAUUUGAACAGUGUGUCGGCCCACCAUAGCAAUCAGGUCUCCUCGGACACACAGAGUCCCAGAAAUAUCAUCGCAGCAGUGAGUGGAACUCGACCUCAAGACCAGAGUGAGAAGCCGCACCCAAGAAUCAUGCUCAUCCUGAGACAACCGAAGACUGCUGGAGCUGCCGACCAGCACGGCGAACCUGGCAAAUUUGAUAACAGACAAAACAAGUUCCCCGGCCAUCUGCCAUCGGACGGUAACGACGGAAUCGGUACAGCCACAUCAGUGGCACGCAUCUCGGCCAAAGCGAAGACAGGCAAGAGAGGCGCAAACCCUGGAACACCGGCGCGUAAAACAGCUCCGGUCAAGAGAGGCCCAAGAGGUCCGUACAAAAAGACGCGUGAACGGUUGGCGAGAGAAGCCAAGGCAGAUCAAGCCAGGACUCGGUCUGCAUUAUUUCCAAAGAAGUAA